AUGGAUCAAAAUUAAUCUCCUAACUAAAGAAGGAUUUUAUCUCCUUCUCCUACUCGAAGUAUGUCGCCAACUUCUUAGAAUUAAAUUCCUAUGAAUUCUUCACCAAAAACAUAAAUGAAUUAAGCCAAAUCUAAUAUAGAAAAAGCAACUAAACCUCUUUUUAAUAUUCUUCGUAAGAUGAUGGAUGAUUUAGGAAAAUAGAUUAGCCAAGCAAGUUAGAAUGAUUAAGUUAUUUCAAUAUCCGAUCUUCAAAACUAAAGUUUAACAGAAUAUUAAAGACAGUUUGAAAAUUUUUGUUAUUAGCUCAUGAAGUUUACUCUAGAAUAUUCAUUUACAGACAACGAAAUCAAAAUACCUUUAAAUGGAAAUUUGAAGGAUGGAAUAAAAAACAAGUUAUUAGUAUAUUUACACCAUAUAAAAUAGCAUAUUUAAUUGAAAAAAAAGAGCAGUCUUAAAGUGUUAAUGAAUAAGCUCUUUUCUGCUGAAUAAAAUAAAAUGGGUUAUGAUUUUGCUGAUUCUGAUGAUGAAGGAUUUUUUGAUGGGUAAUCAGAAAAGGAGUCUAUUAUGACCGAGUCAUAAAUAUAGCUAAUCAAAAUAAGCAAUAGACAAAGUUCUAUGAAUUUUGAUGAUGAUUUUGAGAAUUCUGGUCCUUUAAAAAAAAAAUUAAAUGAAGCAAUCCAAAAGAUUAAAGAUUUAGAAUUUAAGCUCAAAAAUAGAGAAGAGACCGUUCAAGUAUUAACUACUGGUUAUGUAAAAGAUAUUUAGCAUAUGAAGGAAAUGCUUUUUAGAUAAGCUAAUUUGGAGGAUUUGGAGUUUUAUGAAGUCCAAUAUUUUGAUAGCUCAAGCAUUAUUGAUGAAAAAACUCGUUUGAUCCUCAAUGACAAGCUUAAGGAUUUGAAAAUUUAAUUUGAUAAAAAAACAUAAGAUCUCAUCAAAAAAAUAAUUGUAUUAAGUAACGAAGUUGAAAGACUGAAAAAACUAGCCAACGUAGGAGGAGGAUCUGGUGAUUAGGGAAUAGUUGAAGCAGUAAAGAAAGUAUUUGUCUUGGAAGAAAGCCCAUACAAAAUAUGGAAAGUUAUCUAAGAUAUUAAAGGAAAUUAAUUCUUUUUCAAUGUUUUCGAGUAACAGAGACCAGAAUAUGGUAUCAAUUACAAAGAAGUUAACAAAAUGUUAAUGAAUAAAAAGGUGUAUGAAAAAGAAUAUAAUGAUUAUAAAUCUUAAAUUGAUGAUUAAAUGUGUAAUUUGAUAAGUAAGACCUCUUCAAGGCUAUAAGAUUUUGAAUAAGAGUUGUAAGAGAAGGACAGAAUUAUAGAAGAACUUAACUAGCAGUUAAGUAGUAAGAUAGAGGAAGAUAAAUAGUAAUAUGUAAAGCAUAUGCAAGAAAUUUUAACCUAAAAAGAAAUAGAAUAGUAUGAUAAGCACGAAAGGUAAAAAUAAGAUUACAUAAGUUAAUAUGAAUAGGAAGAGUUGGAAAAAGAUAGACUUAGAAGUGUGUGGCUGAGAUGGGCUUGUGUUAAUAGGUUGUUAAAAGCUUCAAAAGUAGAUAAUACAGAAUAAUUAAAGACUGAAAUUCGUAAAAUACUAUUUAAUAACUCUAUUCAAAUUGAAGCUGAAUAAAGAGUUUAGAAAGAAAUAGAAAACUUAAAGACAGAAAAUAAAAAUUUAUAAACCUAAAUCGAUCAAUUUAAUCUUGAAAAAAUAGUGAUAAAUCAAGAUGUUCAAUCUUACACUGAUAGAAUUAAGUAAAUAUAAGGAAAGUUAUAAUAAUAAGCAGUGUAUAUAGAAACGUUAAAGAAUGAAAAUGCUGAAUUGAGCACUAAAAAAUCUAUAUUAGAUUUAGCACUUAAGCAAGUAUACAACAAAAUAGGCAUGAAACUUACUGAUUAGCAAUUUGAGGAUCUCGAUCUUGAUAAUGAAAAGAAACUUUCCACUAAAGAGUUUAUGAAAAAGAUAAAAGGUGUGGAUAAAAAGUAAUUUAGAGCUAUUCGAGAAUCUCAGAUUGCUCAAGAAAAAAUAGUUGAAGCUAAAAAUGUUAUGUUUGAAUAAGAACUGAUUAAGAAUUAAGAAGUCUAAACUACAACUUUUGGCGUUAAUACUAAGUUUGAAGAUUUUAUGAAAUAACUUGAACAAGAUUUAGAGGAUUUAGGAAAAGAAGAAGAUAUUGAAAAACUUAAAUCUCAAAUCAGUGAAUAAAAAGAAGAAAAUUAAAAUCAAUAAAAUGAUGAAGAAAAUGAAUAAAUUUAAGGGGCAAAAGAUGCGAAAAAUAUAGAAACGUCUGACUAAUAAACACAAACGGAGUUAUUGCAAUAGGAAAUUCAAGAAUAUCUUCUUAAAAUUGAUGAGCUAAAAGAAGAAAAUUACAAUUUGAGAGAAGAAAUUGAAAAAUUCUCUAAUGAAAACAAAGAAAUUACUUUGUAAAUAGAAGAUGUUAAAAAUUAGAGAGAUUAAGCUGAAAAGAAGCUUAGAGACACUCUUGGUUAGGAAGGAUUUAAAAAUAAUUUGCAAAAUCAAAAUAAAUAGUAAUCAGGAGGUUCUAAUUAAUAAUUAGCAUAAGGCUAUUCAGCAAAUAACGAAAGCUCUCAUUAGUAAAGAGGUAGUAUAGUCAACCAGAGUAAUUAAUCAAGUGCCUUUAACACUCCAAGAAAAAGCCUUUAAAAUAGUCAUACAAAAAUUAAUUAUAAGAAAGACCAAGAAACUUAAGGAAAUACUCAUAGAAAUGCUAUUAAAGAAGAAGGAAGCUAAUCAUAAGGAAUUAAAAAUAAUAAUCCUUCAAACAAAAAAAUAACCAAAGCCUCCAAUAGUAAAAUAAUGAAUGGAGGAGAAAGCUAUACAAACUCCUCUAGAGAUGCCAUUAAUUCGAAUUCAAACAGUAACCCUAGUGCUAUUGCACACACUUAAACUGUGUCUCAUUAGCAUUCUUAAUCCAUUAAUUAAAGAUAAUCAAUUUCAAAAGGAGAUUAAGCUGGCAUCAUUAACUAGAGCAUGCUAAAUAAAAACGGUGCUAGUAAUAGUAAUAAUAUUAUUAGAAACGAAAAUGGGGAUAUUAUAUCUGUGACUAAAUAAGAUAUUUAAGGAGAUUUAACAGCUUAAAGGAGAUUGUCUAACCCAGAUUUUUUAAGCUAACAAUAAAAUGCUUAUCAACCAGCUAAUGAAGAUAGAUCAGAUGAAGAUGAUUACUUUGAAGAUUAACCUGAUUAUACCAAUAGAGAUAAUAGUGACGAAAAGCCUGCAGCAGGCAAAUUAAAUGAAAAGACUCUUAAACGUGAGCAUGCAAACUAAAAUACAAGGAAAAGAAAUAAAAAGAGAGUCUUUGAGAGAUUAUUCUAGGAUUCUAAAGAUAAGCAAGAUAGAAUGGAUGAAUUAAAAAGGCAACUUUAAAAACUAGAGACAUUCCAUUGGGAAGAAGUUCUUUCUAUUCUUAAUUUAUAUUCUAAAUAAUUACAUGAAGAAUAUAGAUAAUCACCUGAAGAUUACAUAAGACUUGAACAUAAUAAAAGUCCUAGAGAAAGUCAGAUAAAUUAAAUGAAUUAAAGCUUUUUGCAAGGUAAUGAUAUGAAAAGAUUGAAUAUUAGAUAAAAUUACCCUGAUAUACAGGCAUACACAUAAAAUAAUAAAUUCCCCUGCAUUAAUCCAAGCCCAAUAUAAGGAGGUCGUGCUGAGUACUACUUUAAAAGAUAAAAGGAUAAUAGUUACUAUAAUAUUAAAAAUAGUACUUAAAAUAAUUAACAAUUCAUUUAAAAUCCAUAAAUAAAUGAUAAGAUUUAAGAUGGUGAUUUUAAUGCUACUUUCACUGAACUAAAUUAAGAAAACUAUGAAAGAAGAAAAUAAUAUCUAGAAUAAGUCUUUGAAUCAUUUAGAAAGCACACAAACAGAAUGCAAUCAAGUAAUAGAAAAGACCCAAAUAGCGACAUGAAGGUAGCUUUAAAUGAAUCAUUGACUUCUUCUAGAAAGAAAUCUCUCACACAUGCAAGACCAAAAACAAGAGAUGUUUCUAAUUUUGAAGAUAAUUUGUACUCGUCAAAUGUUAAUAAUCCAAAUUAUAACCACAUCUAGCAUUAAUACAAUACUCAAGCUGAUUAACCAUUGUUGUAGUCUAAUUUAUAUGACGAGCCUUACAACCAAUACAAUUACAAUCACAAAUCUGAAGACCCUUUAAAGAAAAUUGAUUAACAGAUCAAGAAGCUUAAACCCCUUUCUUAAUAGUAUAAGAGUUAAAACAAUAACUAACAGCAUAUAACUCCAUAAGACUCAGCAAGAUUAUAAAAUAAUAUUUUAAAGGACAAAUACACUUUACAAAAAGUAAGACAAGAAAUUAACUCUGCUAAUACUAGUUUAAAUCCAAAGCAUAGGUAAACAAACGGAGGAGAAAACAAUGUUUUUCUACCUGAAUCAAUUUUAAAUUUAGUUAAAAAGAGCAAAUAGCAAUAGAACACCUAAAAUAAUUAAAAUUAAUAAUAACAAUUUGAAUUUCAUCACUAUUGA